AUGACUUGAAAUGACUUGACUUUUUAAUUGUUUUCAUAGAUAUUAAGGAGUUAACUUUACGAUUUUAGAAAAUCUGCUUAGGUGCUGUUGCAUGCCUCACGCGAGUGAACCUGUCAUUGUACCAAGCGACGCCACAGACCAACAGCAAGUGCCAGAUCAAAUGAGACAGACUGAGUGCAGAUGAGAUGUUCGUGUGAGCACUUGAGUGUGUGUGUGUGUGUGUGUGUAAUUGGAUCCUCAGUUACUGCUGUUACUGCUACCUCUCAGAGCAGGAGCGCCCCUCUCUACCUUCAAAAAACUCCUGAAGACCCAGCUCUUCAGUGCAGAAUGGACCUACAGGAUUACUUCCAGAGGAUCGGCUUCAGCGGUCCGUUUGAGAAGCCGGACCUGGCCACUCUGCAGCUGGUGCACCGUCUGCACGUGCUGAGCAUCCCCUUUGAGAACCUGAGCCUGCACAGCGGCCAGCAGAACAGCAUGGAGCUGCCACUGGUCUUCAACAAGCUGGUGCGUCAGCGGCGUGGGGGCUGGUGCUGCGAGAGCAACCUGCUCUUCUCCUGGGCGCUGGGGCAGAUGGGAUACGCACACACCAUGCUGGGCGCCCGCGUCCACCAACCACAGCAGCAGGACUUCAGCGCCCGCGAGGGACACCUCAUCAACAGGGUGGACGUGGCUGGACGCUCCUACAUCACUGACGUCAGCUUCGGAGUCUCCUGUCAGAUUUGGGAGCCCCUAGAGCUGACGUCGGGGAAGGAGCAGCCCCAGGCAGCCGGAAUGUUCCGCCUAAAGGAGGACCACGCCACAUGGGUCCUGGAGAAAACGUCUCGCACACCGCUGGUCCCCAACGAGGCCUUCGCCACAUCCAGCCUGGUGGACCGCAGCCGGACCAGGGUCAUCUACUGCUUCACCCUGGAGCCCCGACGGCCCGAGGACUUCCACGCCGCCGCCCAAUUCUACCAGACCGCCCCUGACUCACUCUUCACCAACAAAUCAAUCUGCUCCCUGCAGACACCCACCGGCUUCAGGGCUCUGAUUGGCUGGGUUUACAGUGAGGUCACGUUUGGGUACCAGGAAGAGUUUGACCUGAUGGAAAUGCGUAACAUCACGGACGCCGAAGUCCAGGACGUCCUGAGGGAGAAGUUUGGCAUGCCGCCAGUCCACAACCUCAAACUGAAGAGUGAGAAAGUAUGCUAUUCCCUCUAACAUCUCCCACGGUAACAGGAGAAUGACAUCUACGCUCAGGACAGACGGGUUCACAUUAUGGGUUUAUCUCAUUAAUCUGUCUCAUGAAUAAAUACACCAUGAACUGUCA